AUGACGCGGUUGGCCACACUGCUGAACGGGCUGACGGUGGCACGGACGGUGGGGGCCAGGUGCUCCUUGCCCUCCUGGCCCGCGGGGACCAGUGUCGCUCAGCUGUCCCACUCGGGGCUGGUGGUGGACCCACACCCGCUCGGCUCAGUUUGGGUGCGGCCGGGGCUCUCCCCGCUGGGUGGGUGGAGGGGUCGAGCUUGGGGCGCACGAGCCUCCCUCCAACCGGCGACUCGGGUGUGCCUGGAGCGGGCUUCCGGGCGUCGUGUCCACGAUGAGGCACGCACCCGGCCCGCGGACAGCGUGUGCACGGGCAACACCGACGGCUCCCCGUGUCCUGGGUCCCCCGACCCCACCACUGCUCUCCGAGCCCUGCGUCCGCUGGGGCGUUUGAAGCGCCUUGUGGGGCCUCGUCCUGGGCGCCGAGGGCUGGAGGACAGAGCGCGGGUGACACCUGUCUGCAGAGAACAGACAGCCCCCUGA